UCAUUUUCAUUUCCAAACCCCGACCUCCUCCGUCUCCUCCCCCGCCGCCGCCACCAUGCUCCACGCCGUCCUCAACUCCGGCGGAGGAAUCCGCCGCCUCCCUUCUCUCAUCCCCCACCACCGCCUCAUGUCCGGCUCCUCCGUCGCAGCCAUCUUCUCCCAGCCAUCCCCUCCCGCGGAUCCCACCGCCGCGAUCCACUCAGCCGGCCUCGAUCUCUCCCACCCCAACACCAUCCCCGCCCUCCUUGUCCACCCGGACCUCGCCUCCAACUACCCCGCCGCCUCCCGCUUCUUCUCCUGGGCCACAUCCAACCCCGACACCGCCGUCCUCAACUCCAAGUGCUUCAACUCCAUGCUCCAGCUCGCCGCGGCCAACGGCGACGCCGACCAUUUCUGGUCACUCGUCACCUCGAUGCGGUCCAAGGGCUACGGCCUCUCAAAGGCCACCCUCAAGACCGCCACCGAGAGCUUCCGGUCCAAGGACAUGUCCAAGGACGCCGGCAUGAUCCAGGGCGCCUUCACCGCUCACGCCAGGAACGCAGCGGUGGCAGAGGCGUGCAAGAUUCUCCGUUCAGACGCCGACGAGCUAUCCAAGUUGGACAAGCUCAAUGCAUUAGGCGUUGAUGUGACCGAUGAGCUGGUGGCGUUGGUUGUGGAGAAGGUUGGACAGUUCCCACAGCAAGCAAUGGUGUUCUUUGCGUGGGUGGAGCAGUCAGCUGGGGCGGGGAUUGGUUGGGGCAAGGUUUACAAUGCAAUGGCAAAGGCCAUUGGCCGGGAGGAUUGCAUUGAGGAGUUCCGGGACGUACUGCGGAAGAUGAGUAGUAAGGAGCUUGGGAUGGAUAAGGAGGUGUAUGUUACCCUCGUCGGUAGGUUCCUCAAGAGGAAGAUGUUUGAGGAUGCGGUGGACUUGUUCCGGUUUGCGAUGGGGGGCACGGAGAAGCCGUCGGCUGAGGAUUUUGUCUUCUUAUUGAAGAAGGUUGUGGUGAGGGAUGAUCUGGACCUGAAGAUGGUGAUGAGGGUUGUGCGGAUCUAUCAGAAAGCCGGGAAUGAGGUGAAGCAUUCCGUGUUUGACGCUGUUAUCAAGUCUUUGAGAAGCAUGGGAAGGCUUGGGGAGAGCGGUAGAGUGUUGAAGGCCAUGGAGGAUGGUGGCUUUGCACCAGAUAGCACUGUGCAUGGGAAAGCUGUUCUUGCAAUGUGUGAUGCUGGGAAUCUGGAAGAUGCACACAAACAUUUGGCCCGCGUCGAAAAAUCAGGGUAUAAGUUGGAUCCAGUUGUAUGGUCUGCUUUGGUUAAGAAGUAUUCUCUUGGUGAUGAUGUUGAUAUGGCAGUUGCAUGUUUCCCUGAAAUGCUCGAAAGACAAAGCGGCAAUCAGGUCGGUUGCGCUCUUGAGGUGCUCGUGUCUGGGCUUUGCAAGAAAAAAGAAGCAAAGGAAGCAUUCAAAGUUCUCAAGGACUUGGUGGUGAAAUAUGCUGUGGUUCCUUGGCAAAGUACCUACAAGUAUUUGAUCCACAAGUUGAUCCGCCAAGGGCAUCUGAACGAAGCAUUUGACGUGCUGGGUUUAAUGAAAACUAAUGACCUUCCGCCUUAUAUUGAUCCACUUAUCUCGCACAUUUCCAAGUCUGGGACCGUGGAGGAUGCCCUGGGUCUCCUAAAGGCAAUGACUUCAAAGGAGUUCCCAUCAAGAACAGUUUACAAGCGCCUGUUUCAAGGGUUGUUCAAAGAGGGGAGGCAUGAAAUUGCCCAGCAGCUGCUCUUGGUAUCUCCUGGAAGUGUCAGAAACCAUGCAGAGGUUCUUGACCUCUUCUACACGAAGAAGCUGCAAGAAGAACCUGCAGCAGCUGCUGCUGCUUUGUAAUGUGGAAUUGAAUUGCUGACACCCGCAUUUUGAAUGGCACUUUGUAUUUUCUUUUGGCUUUGUAUGGCCUUUGAGCCAGGAUCAGAAAUUGGAUGGCAGAAACAUCUUUGCUGAAAUGUCUACGUGAUCCUUUCAAAAAUAAAUACAGCAUCAUUCUUUUUU